GAAAAUUGCAAACACCUUCCAGCGGAGCUGUUUGCAAUUAAUUCUUAUAUGAUUCCUAUCUCCGACUGUUUAAAUUGUACCACUGCCACAUCAUUCGUGCGACACUCUAGAGACAAACCUAGCAAGUUGGCAAAGUCUUCAUAAGGCUGGCAAGUGCUCAGACAAAUCUCCUACUUUCCCACUCAAUGACUCUCACCCACCCUCCCCAACAUGAUAACCCAACUCUUCCAAAACAUCAUUACCUUCCUAACUUCCCUCUACAACCUCCUCUUCCCCCAAACCCCCACCUUCUACCACGAAACCGCUCCCUGCACCGCCCUCUUGCAAGAAACAACACUCACUAAACGCGCCCUCCCCAACCGCCGCCUCAUAACCGCCUUCGGCAUCGAAAACGCAUUCACCACCAUCUCGCCCCAAAUCCACCAAAACUUCCUCAACAAAGUCUCCGCCCUUCUUGAAAAAUCCAACAACGAUAUCAGCCGACGCUUCCUCGCCGCUGACGCUCUGAGAAUUGGACAGGAAUACAUCGAGCGCUCGCCAUCUCCUAUUGUUAGUCUCUCAAAGCUAGUUCAGGUGGUAGUGUUCCGCACAGUCCUAACAAUCUUCUUCCCGCACGUCGCGAAAGGGUUUACAGAAGAUGGAUUACUAAAAGAUAUCGACGUCAAAAUCAUAUCAGCGCAGAUCAAUAAACUAUGGUACGACUCCAAGGAUCCGUGGAAGGUUUUCGCAGCGCAGUAUGGGCCCAGGAGAUGGAGUAGUAUUAUGCGGGAACGAGAGAUUCUUUUGGAGAGGUUGGAAUUGCAGUUCCCGUGGUAUAGGACGUAUUUACCGCAAAGGAACCCUUUGAAUAUUCUGGUGCCGGCACAUCAGGGGUUGUGGGGCGUGGUGUUGAGGUGUCUGAUUGAGGUGCGGUUUAGAAGUCAAGGGGAGAGGAGAAGGGAGUGGAUGGAGUUGUUUAGAUGGUUCCUGGGGGAGCCGACGGAGGCGUGGCAUAGGGGGAAUGAGAAGGGGUUGGAGGUACAGAUGAUUGUUGCAGAAACGUUGAGGUUGUAUCCGCCGACCAAGAGGAUGUAUAUCCAGCAGGAGGACGGGAGGUUAGAUGCGGUUGAUAUUGAGAAGAUGCAUCGGGUUGGCGAGAGGUGGGGGGAUGAUCCGUUGGUGUUUAGGCCAGAGAGGUGGGUUGAGAUAGGGUUGGAUGUUGUGGGUACGGAUUGUUACAUGCCGUUUGGGAGGAAGGUGGGGGUCGAGGGAGAUGGGAAAGCCGAUACGGUUUCUCAGUGUCCAUCGAGGUUGAGAGGUGGUCCGAAAUUGAUUGCGGUUAUCGUUGGGGCGUUAUUGGAGCUACUAGAUGAGGAAUGGGAAUUAGAGGAUGGAUGGGAUAUGAAAGACGAUAUAUUUGAUGGGGAGCCACUUAGGAGUGGGAAAGAUGCUUACGAGAGCUUAGGGUUGUGGAGGAGACAUAUUCAGCCAUUUGAGAUAUUAGAUUGAGACAUUGUGUACGCUCAGUGCUUAGAUGCCCC